AUGCAGAGGGAACCAAAGAAGGACAUCGCGGAGCGUUCAAAGCCUUAUCACCUUCACGUAUACACUACACACAACAAUUGCCGCGUCGUCUUCACCUAUCCGUCCGGCAAGCUUGUCAAGAACGGAUGGUGGACAAGUGGUUCGUGUGGUUUCAAGGGAGCGAAUAAAAGCAGCUAUGAAGCGGGGUACCAAUGUGCUGUGCGCGCUUUCAAGCGCGUCGAAGAGGAAAUAGCUAGGCCGAACUUCAAGGAUGGUGGUGUGUCGCCUGUCACACUUGCGCUGAAGUUUAAGGGGUUCGGGUGGGGGAGGGAAGCGGUGCAAAAGGCGUUCAUGACUUCUGAGGGAGAUAAUAUUCGGGCAUCAGUGGUGGUAGUGGAGGACAGGACACCUAUAAAGAUUGGAGGGACGAGGGCAAAGAAAGCAAGACGACUAUAG